AAAGGAUUUCAUCAGACCAAAAUGUAUUGUUACAGACACGCGGCAGACUUGUUCACCAUUGGCUCCAGUCUCUUCUCAAGAGGCGGUCUUAAGACUUCUGUUCUGAGGUCUCAAGGAUGAAUGAACUUCUUGUUCGUCAGGAUUUAUAAGACAGCUAACCUGGAUUACUUGGAAAACAAGCAUCUUGAUGACAAUAGAAACUUUGGAUUAUUUUCAAAGACGAUCGAGUAUUCGUUCGCUAAAAAUACUCUCUUCAUCCUUUAUAUGAUUAAGAAAGAAGCCUUUGCAAGGUUCAUCAGGCAGAUGUUUACUUCAACCACUCAGCUACAGAAAAUUUCGAAGUACUUAGAGUGGAAGAGGCUCUCUGAAGCGGGAUUAUGCAGCGCAAGCCUUCUCGUUCAUGACCACAGCCACCAAAACUACUUCUGAGGGAGGUUCUUGGAACAACCAGUUUUACAUAAAUACGACAUCUUGAGGAAGAAGUGUGAUCUUUCUGAAAUAACUGAGACCCAUACUUCCUCGUGUGAGCCGUUUGACGUAAGGAAGUACGUCCAGGAGACAGAAACUGAAAGCGAGGUGGCUGACUGAUCUAGGCUCUCUCAUACAGUGAGCGUUCCAAAUAUCGAAAAAUUAGAGAUGGCUUUGAACACCACUAAAGACUCCAAAAGCAUGUAUGAUGAAGACCUUAAUGACAACCAGAGCAAGUCAGAGUGGACUAUUAAUGGCAAGAUUAUUGAACUGAUGAACUCUAGUUUCUUCUCCCUGAGCUCUAAUUUCUCAGAAUUUGCUUAAUUUUC